GUCGAGAUGACUGCCGACGCCAGCUCUCCUGACGUCGACGAAAAGUCCGGUGACGCUGGCACGCUGGCGAAGCAGCAGCGGCGGGAACAGCGGCAACGGCAGCAGCAGGAAGAGCAGCAGCGGCAGCGACACGAGCUGUUAGGCCUCUCACCGCCGCUGCCCCCCGCCGCCACCGCCGCCGCCGUCACCGCCCUCCUCUGGCUCCUCCCUCCCCACCUCGCCUCCCACCCCGCCAUCUCCCACACCCUCACCCACCACCUUCUCAUCCCCCUCCACCGCGCCCCACUGCCGUACGACGCCCUUCAACUCCUGACUGCACUCCUUCCCGCCGCAUACCCUGCCGUACAACCCGCCUCCGCCGCUGCCUCGCUGGCGGCGGCCUGGUCCGACGCCGCCUCCGUCACUCGCACCUCCGUACAGCACCAGGCCUACCUAGGUCAGGGACUGCUGCUGCUGUUGUCACACAUGGACCGGGCGGGUUUGGAGGGCACCCCGGGGCUGCUGGGGGGGUUGCUGGCGGGUGUAAGUGCGCGGUUGGGCAGCCCGCUGGCGGUUACACAGCGCCAGGCGAUGCGGCUGGGUCGGGGGUUCAGCCGGGUGCUGGAUCCGGGCAGUGAGCUGUUCGGAGACAUGGGGGAGCUGGGGCUGGGGGCGGAGGAGCUGUGGCCGGGUGCUCUGCCGCGUCAAAUCGCCUGGCGACCCCCUCCAACGUCCGCCACCACCACCACCGCCAGCCCACCAGCCGAUGCCCCCGGUGCAGCAGCAGCUGAUGACACCAGCCGCCUCGCAAACACAACCGCAGCUACCAGCCCUACAACCCGCCUCACAGCCAAGGCAGCUGCCGUACAAUCCGAGGGCCGCGAGGGUGCGAAGGAGGGCAGGGGCAGGGGGGAUGAUGAUGAUGAUGACGUCAGCAGGGACGCCAGCGAGGAAGGGGAUGAUGGCAGCGUGCACACCGCCACUGACAGCGAUGACGAUAUUGAGGAGGAGGAGGAGGGAGAUGAGGAUGAUGGUGAGUUGCGACCCAUGGGUCGGCCCGAGGAGCUGGAGGGCGACCCGGCAGCCGACUCCUGGCGGCGGUGCGAGGCGGGGUCGCUGCAGCUGCGGCGGCUGGCGGGGGCGCUGCGCAACCAGGAGGAUGUGGGCGGGGUGCUGCAGGCG